CGCGCCGCUGGGCCGCGCAGCUGUCGGGCUGGCCGGGCAUUAGGGCCGCCGCGGAGCAGGCUCCCCAGCGCGCAGGGCGGGGUGUACGGCGGGCGGCUUCGCGGGCAGGCGCGGGCCCCGAGGCAGCGGCUGCGCCCUGCGCCGGGGAGGAGCCGGGGGCGGGCGGGCGGGGACUGGGGCCCGAGGCGGGGAGUGCCGGAGCGCCGGCGGCGACGACGGCAGCGGCGGCAGAGCAGGCUCGGUGCGUGGGUCCUCAGCGGCUGGGGGUCCGCCCGCGGGCUGCGGUGCAAGCGGGCGGCCCGGCUCCUCUCCUCCCCCGCCCGCCGCCGCUGGGAUUGGGUGGAAGAUGGCGUUGGGCGGAUGGAAAUCCUAAUGACAGUCUCCAAAUUCGCCUCCAUCUGUACCAUGGGCGCCAAUGCCUCGGCAUUAGAGAAAGAGAUUGGUCCAGAACAGUUUCCAGUCAAUGAGCACUAUUUUGGAUUAGUCAAUUUUGGGAAUACCUGCUACUGUAAUUCAGUUCUUCAAGCACUUUAUUUUUGUCGUCCGUUUCGGGAAAAAGUUCUAGCGUACAAGAGCCAACCCAGGAAGAAGGAGAACCUUCUUACCUGCCUAGCAGACCUCUUCCACAGCAUAGCCACUCAGAAGAAGAAGGUUGGGGUGAUUCCUCCUAAGAAGUUCAUAACAAGAUUACGGAAGGAAAACGAACUUUUUGACAACUACAUGCAACAAGAUGCCCAUGAAUUCUUAAAUUACCUACUAAAUACAAUUGCUGAUAUCUUACAAGAAGAGAGAAAGCAGGAAAAGCAAAAUGGCCGUUUACCUAAUGGUAAUAUCGACAGCGAAAAUAACAGCAGCCCACCAGACCCAACGUGGGUUCAUGAGAUUUUUCAGGGAACAUUAACAAAUGAAACCAGAUGUCUUACUUGUGAAACCAUAAGCAGCAAAGAUGAAGAUUUUUUAGACCUUUCUGUUGACGUGGAACAAAACACAUCGAUCACUCACUGCUUAAGGGGUUUUAGCAACACAGAAACUCUGUGCAGUGAAUACAAAUAUUACUGUGAAGAAUGUCGCAGCAAACAGGAGGCACACAAACGGAUGAAAGUUAAAAAACUGCCCAUGAUUCUAGCUCUGCACCUGAAGAGGUUUAAGUACAUGGAUCAACUUCAUCGAUACACAAAACUGUCUUACCGGGUAGUUUUUCCUUUAGAACUUCGUCUGUUUAACACCUCUGGCGACGCAACCAAUCCUGACAGAAUGUACGACCUCGUCGCCGUGGUGGUUCACUGUGGAAGUGGUCCCAAUCGAGGACAUUAUAUCGCAAUAGUUAAGAGUCAUGAUUUUUGGUUGUUGUUUGAUGACGACAUUGUAGAAAAAAUUGAUGCACAAGCUAUUGAAGAAUUCUACGGGUUGACAUCAGAUAUCUCAAAGAACUCUGAGUCUGGUUACAUCCUUUUCUAUCAGUCUCGGGACUGAGGGGGACCGUGAUGAAGAGAUACUUUCUGCCUCAUUUCUUCUCUGGUUAUUUUGCAAAGGAUCCAGCACUGAUUUUUCAAGAAAAGAGAAAUGCGGGAAGCUCAGGGGGCAGUGGCACACUUUGCACACAAUAAAGCAAAGACUGUGGAUUCACACGCUCUUCCCAUCAUGGUAGCCGCUUUAUUUGCUCAGGUAUCGUGCCGCCCGUGCAGUUCCACACAACAAGGAAGUGAGGUCAGAGAUAGCAGCUCCUCUCGUGAAACCGCCUUCCAGUAAUUGCCAUGCGUUUUCUCUCUGUUCGUUGCACCAGUAAUGGUUUGAACUCCUUGGGGGUGCAGGAGAAAGAGUGGGAAUCUGUGCUAGGUUGUAGCGAUCAUUUCGGGAGGUGACCCUGAACGCACCGGCACCGCGUAAAUUUGCCCGUGUCGAAUACACACACAUAGAAGGAACACCCGGUGGUCUUUUCAGGCGUAAACCAGAGCUACAUUUGGGCCCAACACUUGCCUUUCUGAUGUAAAAACGAACAGAUGACUAGAAUCCGGUGUCAGGAAGACAAAUAUGUUUUGCUUCUCUGAAGAAGCUUAUAAUAAUAUACAGUAUAUGUAUAUGUAGGGAACAACUGGUCAAAAGUGGCUUUUUGUUUCCCCAAGGGGAAAGACUGGCUUUGUAAUUAUAAGUUUUUUUCUUAUUUAUUUUACUUAAAACUGGUAGAGUCUAAGUAUUGUAUGAAGUGCCCACGAUUCUGUCAGUAAAUUUGAGCUUAUUUUUGUUCGUUUUUGUCAAUUGAACUCGUCCUUUUGUUUGUUUCUAUUUUUAAGGUGAAUUUUAAACCAUUUUAAAUCGUAAGAUACCUUAAGAAAAAUUACACUGAGAGGAGGUAGAUACUCUUUUUCAGGAGGAACUGAUAUCUCUGACUAAAUAUUUGUCCUUUGGUCAUGGUUUAUAAGUCACUGAUUUUACUCAGCUUUAAUUUUGUAAAGUAAAAAAACUUAUCAAAAACUCCCUGUCACGGUUGGAACGAUCGAUGAAAUUCUGGUGCAGUGGUGGCUCACCAGUCUUCAGAAUCCUUAAGUACCCUGACGUUUCAAGUUGCAGCCGUGUUCGGAAAAGUCAUGUCUUGGCAGUUGGCAUUCUUUUCGAAUGUCAUUCUUUACCCUGGGAAGAAGGAACCUGUCGUAACCCCAGCAGCCUGGGUGCCUAGCUGCAAACCGUGCGAGGAUGAAAUUUUAAGGAAGCAGACCAGAAACACGCGAAGCAAGUCCCUUUCUCCCCAUCCUUCCCCCCCCCCCCCCAUCUUUGCAGAUCUACUGGAAGAGUGUUCAGAAACUAAGCUUUGCAUUUGUCAAGACUUCAUUCUGUCGGGGGUUUUAAGAAGUAAUGUAUGUAAUGUAAAGUGUAUGUGAACCAUUGUGGUUGACGCUUCCCCAUGCCUCAGUGAGUUGACGGUGGCCGAAUGUAACGUGCAGAAAAUAAUUGUAUAGUCAGAAUAAUAGCAAUCAGGCCUUGGAUGUUCUUCAAGUCUUUUCAGGCAGUGGUUUUUUUUUUUUAAUUGCUGUACUUUUCUAAACUUAUUUUACUAAUACUGUUGAAUAUGAAAAAAAACCACGAAAAAACAUUUUUGUCUGCUGCUAUUUAUUAACAUUUUAUUAUCUGUAUCUUUCAGCUCAGGAAAUGAUGUCGCCUAUUCGUUCCGUGAACUGAUCUUUAACAGGGUCGCUUGGCUAAUGGGGCUGUUUAAACAGAUACGCUGGGAGAAAAAUUACGAUGUAUUUUGACACCUUGCUUUUUCAGAUACAGUCGCUAAAGCCUUAUGGCCGGCCGGAACGGGCUUCUACCGAUCGCGAUUGCGUAGCCCGCCUGGUUACAACGUUGCACAGAGACUCACGACUGAGAAUGCGGGGAAGGGGAAGGGGAAGGUCACAGGACUGGGGAGGUGGAUACAUUUUUUUUAUUUUGAGGGCUUAAACCAAAUUGUCUCGGAAUUUACGGCUGUGUUUCCGUAGCUUUCAGCGCAGAGAAGGAAGUAGAGUGAGGCCGAGUCCCGUUGUUUACUUGAGUUAGGCCACAGCACGUAUUAGAAAGAUAGAUGAGGUCAUUUGCACAGAGGUACAGCACUGGGACGCUACGCUGUGUUUGUGUCUCCGUUUUGCGUUGUAAAAACCACAGUAAAAGGCAAGGCGAAAUUUCCUAUCGAAGCAAGUUCUAGCAUUUUCGUUGGUAGUCGCACACUGUUCACGUCUACACCGUGUUUAAUAGUACGAUUUGUCAGGGGAGGGACUGUGGGGUGAUGGGUCUCAAUUUCCUUUUUACUCUCAGUACAGCCGCGUCUGGGUAACAUGUUUGGAAGCUCACCCGAAACGCAGCAGACUUUAAAAGCACAGGGUUGGGGUUGGGGUGGGGGGCAAAUGCAGGUAUAGCGAGAGAAGGGACCCAGAGAGAAAGCAUUGUGAGGUUGUUGGUCGACUGUGACUGAAACGAGGGGUGGGUUUACAUUGUAAAUGGCGGCCGGUUGCUAACUAUGUACAUGUUUGUUGGGAUGGCUGUCCCGUAUUUUGUACAUUGGAAUAAAAACUUCCACAGGUCAUCGUAACCGAAAGUAAAUAUGCUAACCUCAGUCUCACUGCUAAGUCGUACGGCUCCUGUCUCAGAAACUUCACCUGCAGACGAUUGCUCAAGACGGGGGCCGUGAGACUUCAGGAAAAGGGAAAAAAGGAAAUGUGUAAUAUAUGGAUCUCGUUGCCUCUACCGAUCAGUAUCGGGCUUUUCUUUUCCGUGGUGGCAGUAGAAAGACCUCACUUUCGUAACAUACUACUCUUGAUACUUUCUUUAAGGAUACUUUUCAUUAAAGAUUCUCUCAUGAGGUAUUGAACCGGGAGCCGGGAGGCUAAGGCGCUCAGGUCCUGGCUCCUCAGUGAAUUUAACUGUGUGACCUUGGGCAAGUCACCUAACCUCUCUGUGCUUCAGUCUCCCUGUCCUGUGAAAUGGGAGUAAUACCUACCUCACAGGGUUGUUGUGGGGAUUAAUUAGAUAUAAUGUCUGUAAAGCAUCUAAGGUUCUUGAAGAAGGCGCUAUAUGAAUACAAAAUAAUAUCUAUUAAAGUUGGUUUAUUUGUG